CCAUAAACCGGUGUGUCUAACAUGUGGCUCGUUAUACACGUGGCAGAAACCCACAUGAUUUAGUCCACCAAGAAAUGUCGUCCACGUGGCAAACUGCUAACGGCCUGUUAAAAAUGCCUUUUAACAAGUUUCUGUGACUGCUAAUUAAGACGGCUGUUUAACCAAGGCAUGGUAAUUGCAAUUUCUUUUUUUUUUUGGUUUACCUCUCCGCCUUCUAGUCAUCCUCCCAAAAACAUCAAUCAAAAACUCGGGAUUUUGGGAAAGGAGGCGGGACAGGACCAUACAGCUUUGGUAGGUCCCAUGUUUUUAAGAGUUUGGAAGAGGCUGUUUCGUCCGUUAGAGUCUGAUUUUGCUAUAAAAUGGGCUUCAAUCCCUUCUGUCUCUCUCACAUAAAUUCUCCUCUCUUGGCUCUCUAUAAUUCUCUGUCUAUCUUUCUUCCUUGGUUCGACAAAUCUCUUGUCGACUUUGGUUAUUUUUCAUUUUCAGUCGUUCAAUUUGGUUUCUCUUCCUUAGUCUUUGGGCUUCAACGGGACAAAAGAAACAGAGUACUCUGUAAACUCCUCUGUUUGAACUGUCUUCCUCUUACCUUGACAUUAACAUCCAAACACUUCUUGAGUUUGAGGUGUUCUUUUAACUACCUUAAUUUCCAGUAAUGGUGAGUUUCUCUGAAGAAAGACCAAAGAAUAUGGCUGCUGGUCAAAAUGUAAUCUCUGAUGCAAAAUCUGUCCUCAACAUGUCAAUCACAAUGACCGUAUCAGCUCAAAAGCCGCCAGCACCUCCUGGUUGUAUCUCCGUUUCAAGAAAGAAGUUGCUUCAAAACCUUGAAAUCAAUGCUGGAGCAAGAGUUAAUGCAUGGGUUGAUUCCAUGAAAGCUUCUUCUCCAACUCAUAUAAAAUCCCUACCUUCCCCUUCUGAUGACGAUGUUUCUUGGAAUCUCCACCAUCCAUCUGCCCUGGAGAUGUUUGAGCAGAUAAUAGAUGAGUCGAAAGGGAAACAAAUAGUAAUGUUCCUUGAUUACGAUGGCACUCUUUCACCAAUUGUUGAGGAUCCAGAUCGAGCUUUCAUGUCGAAGAAGAUGAGAAAGACUGUGAGAAAGCUAGCCAAGUGUUUCCCUACUGCUAUAGUGAGUGGCAGAUGCAGAGACAAGGUUUAUAAAUUUGUCAAAUUAGCUGAGCUGUACUAUGCCGGAAGUCAUGGCAUGGACAUUAAAGGGCCAGAGAAACGUUCCAAAUCUAAAAAAGACAGUGAAUCCGUUCUCUUCCAACCAGCUAGUGAAUUUCUUCCAAUGAUUGAUGAGGUGUACAAACAAUUGGCUGAGACUACCAAAUCAACUCCAGGAGCUAAGGUGGAGAACAACAAGUUUUGUCUCUCUGUACACUUUCGUUGUGUUGAUGAAAAGGUAAAAGCCAAUAGCCAAUGGCAAUUACAGUUAUUAUUUGCCAUACAACUUCAGAAGCAUCUGAUUUUUUGCUUUAAAAUACAGAAAUGGAGUGAGCUGGCACAGCAAGUUAGGUCAGUUUUAAAGAAGUACCCCAAGCUUCGGCUAACUCAAGGCAGAAAGGUUUUAGAAAUCCGUCCUACAAUUAAAUGGGACAAAGGGAAAGCCCUUGAAUUUUUGUUAGAAUCUCUUGGAUUCGCUAACUGUGCGAAUGUUUUUCCCGUCUACAUUGGAGAUGACCGCACAGAUGAAGAUGCAUUUAAGAUAUUGAGAGACAGAGGACAAGGUUUUGGAAUUCUUGUGUCCAAGUUUCCCAAGGACACCAGUGCAUCAUAUUCUUUACAAGAGCCAGAUGAGGUUAUGGAUUUUUUGCGGCGUCUGGUUGAAUGGAAACAAUUACCAGUACGAGCUCAAUCCAGAAUGUAAAGACGAGAAAUAUGGCAAAAUUAUUUCUCCACCCUAACAGAAAGAAUUGUAAAAGGGUGGGAUUAGAUUAUGUAGUAAAUUCUUGUUCAAGAUAAGGAAAGAUGAACAACAAGAACAAAUCAUAAUACAGAAUUCUGUCUUUUUGGCUUGAAAGCCUUGUACGUCUUUAUCUUGUAACUAGCUGGCUACGAGGGUAAGGACUUGUAACAUGUCUAUUAUGCAUAGAAAUUUUACUCUCUGUGUCUCUCUUUUUCCUCUCAUUAACAAUUAUUUCGUUUUUACUAUAAAUAAUAUGAUGAAUCCAAAUUUUUCUGGUGGUAGGAAAUUAUAUUAAGCAGAUUCAUACCCUGUGACUGAGGAGUUCUCUUCCUCUUAAAAGAUUUGCCAUAUUGAAAAUUUGAUUUUGAUGUGAUGCAAUCAAUGUAUAAGUUGUGUCUGUUCCACGAUAUUAUUAAGUUAUUCAAACUUAUAAAUGCAUUUAAAAUGUCUGAUACACCACUUACAAUUUUUGUAACUAAAUUUCAGGUAGUCUGCAUAUGCCACUGCCACCCAGCCAUUUCUGUGAAUACAUUAAAUAUAUAUAAAUAUAUAUAUAUAUAUAUAUAUUGAUUUUUUUUAAGAACUUUAAUUUGCCUUCGUCACUUCAUUACUAGAGAGACAGUUUGGUACUUAACUGAGUGGACUCUCUGAGGGGUUACUGUUACUAGGGUGCUGCAAACGAAGCUAGCACAUUCCACAACUAAGCCAAAACCAGGGUGCACUCCACUAUCUGAGGGUGCAGAAGAUAUUGUCUCUUAGUUCUUUUUGAAGGUAACAGAUUAAGAGAGUAGCCUCUGAAUUGUUGCAUUAUUUAUUGUAUCUAUAUAAUUGAUGUGAAUCUUUUUGACCUUUAGAUUGCCACCUUUUAGAUUCACAGCCUCCUUUAACUCAACUCCACGGGUAACAUACAUCCACCAGGGUAGGGGGCGGUGGUCUCUCAAAAUCUCGUUAGGAAGAAUCUCUUGCAUCAGCAUUUUCAAAAGGAAAAGGUAGGUAGGACAUUCCAGGGUCUGUUUUGGAGUGAAAUACAAAAUAGAUUUGGAUAUGGUCUCCAGGACACUUUCAUCACUUCCCCAAUUACUCUCCUAUAUAAUAUAUCAGAGCUUCACGAUAUUAUUAUUCAUCUGAUAAAUGACGAUGGAGAUCAAAUUAAUGGUCCAUAGUUGAGAGUGGGAAAAAAAAGGAUGCCUUCAAUGGUAAAAUUUUAUCUUGGUUUCUGUCAUUUGUAGGGAACCGAGAAAAGGGAAUCAUCUUUUAACAGCACAGAAGAUAGCUUUUAUAUUCCUCCAUUAUUGAUCUUAUACAAUAUUAAUAAACAUUAUAUUUUGCAAUCGACAACCGUUUUGGAAAGUAAAAAUUCUCGAUAAUUGGCAUUUGUUCAGUCUACAUUUCUUUUUCUUAUAUUAUUUAUUUAUCAAACAGAAAGCCUAUGAAUCUGCUUGCAAUCCAGUAUCAACAAUAAAGGAUUCUAGCAACUAGCAAAGGGGACCAAUUGACUUUUUACUCUUUGUAGCUUAAGGAUGGAUCGGUGAUAUUGGAGAUAAGAUGAUCACAGCCAUUUAAGAUUUGGGGCAGGGAAGAUUUGGCAGUGGGCAGGCCCCAUUUUUAGGAUCAAAUUUUCCUUUUUUUUACUUAAAACUGUAUCUCUGCUGAGUCAAAAGGAUAAGUUCAUCAGGUAGAUAUUGGAAAAAGGUUUCUCUUCUUGUACAGCAUGUGCCUACUUCGCCUUACCAAAACACAGUUUUUCUUCUUUUCUUUAAAUUAAACAAGUAAUAAUCAGAUACUUUAUGUGAUUCUAUAUAGAUUCUCUUUUGAUUCCUUUCCUUGCAGCAUGGAUUUAGAG